CCGACUUGUUGGCUUCCAAGGGUGCAGAAAUUGUAUACGUUGACUAUGAUCAGCAUGACAAUCUUGUCAAUGCUCUGAAAGGAACCGACGCUCUAAUCAGUACCGUAGCUCCGGCACGGACCGCUACUGUUUGGGACUUUGACGCUCUUCAAACUCCCUUAUUGGAUGCUGCUAAAGCUGCCGGUGUGAAAAGGUUUAUUCCAUCUGAAUUUGGUAUAGAUUAUAGAGUUGGAGAUCAUCCAGUGAGCGAUACCAAAGCCUCGUUCCGUGAAAAGGUUCAAAACAGUGGACUUGAGUACACCAUUAUUUUGUGCGGAUUGUUUGCAGAAUUUCUCGGCUGGUUUGCGUUUGAUGUCAAAAAUAAGACUGCUACAUUUCUCGUAGACGGCAGCACCAAAUUAGCCGUUAUUUCUCUUUCAGAUGUCGCCAAAUUCACCGCUGAAUCUCUCAAGUUGAAUGAAUGUCGUAACACUACUAUUAGAGUUAUUGGUUCGAGUUUGCCAUUAAACGAGAUACUGAAAAACUUUGAACAAGCUACCGGCUCUAAAUGGAAAGUCAUCGAAGAUAAAGACGCAAAACACAGGUUCCAAAAUAAGAUUGAUCCGAUUCCUUCACCGAUGGAUAUGUAUAAAAUCGUUAUUGUGGAAAGGUCUUUGUCAGAUGACAACAUUGAUAACGACAAGUUUAGUUUUAGCCCUCGACCCCUCAUUGAAGAUAUCAACGUGCUUGUGAAGCAGACGUAA